AACAAGGUGGAUCGGGCCACGCUCCGUUGGCGAAUAAUCGCGGUGUCCCAAAAGGCUGUCCACCUACCAGACAGAUCCAGGUUCCGAGUCAAACUGAAUCCAGCGGGUGAAUUGAAAGCGGAGGAUUGUGAGGCUAUUCUCGCUGCAGUGAUGCUGUAG